AAUUACAAGCUGCGAAUUGAUCACGACGCGUGCCCGAGCUGCUUAUCUUAUCGUGUAUCAUGUGGCGAAGGAUGGCACUAGCUGAUCACCACGAAUCUAUGACACUGCCACUUACAUCCGUCUCCCCACCUUGGUCUGUAAAAAAGACAAUUUUUGUGGAACAUGACGGCGAAGAAAGAAAAACCGAUACACUCACUUAUUGCAGGAUCGACCGCAGGCGCCAUUGAAGCCUUCGUGACUUACCCUAUGGAGUUUGUGAAGACGCGUUCACAAUUUGGGGGCAAGAGACAAAAUCCCAUGUCAAUCAUUAGAGAUACCCUUAAAACACAAGGCGUAACGGGCCUCUACUCAGGAUGUAUGGCUCUAGUAGUAGGGAAUGCUGCAAAGGCUGGAGUGCGAUUUGUCAGUUAUGACCAUUUCAAAGGAAUGCUCGCGGACAGCCAGGGGAAAAUAAGUGCACCGCGGAGUCUUCUAGCCGGACUUGGUGCAGGAAUGAUGGAGGCUAUUUUCGCGGUCACCCCUUCAGAAACAAUCAAGACAAAACUCAUAGAUGAUGCACACCGGCCAAACCCUCAAUAUCGUGGUUUAAUUCACGGUACAGCCUCGAUCGUCAAACAAGAGGGAAUCUUUGGGAUAUACCGUGGACUGUUCCCGGUUAUGAUGCGACAAGGCGCCAACUCGGCUGUUCGUUUUACGACUUACUCGACAUUGAAGCAGUUUGUACAAGGGACCGCUAGGCCUGGGCAACCGCUGCCCAGUACUAUCACGUUUGGGAUUGGUGCAAUAGCAGGGUUGGUUACCGUCUACACAACGAUGCCGCUGGAGUAGGUGCACUUCAGCUAUACCGACAAAGUACAUCUAAUCCUACCAAUCUUCCCCGCUAGUGUCGUGAAAACCCGUAUGCAGUCCUUGGAAGCCAGAGCACAGUAUAGGAACUCUUUCCAUUGUGCCUAUCGGAUCUUUACAGAGGAAGGUAUCCUACGCUUCUGGACAGGAACAACGCCGAGACUUGCUAGACUGGUCUUGAGCGGUGGUAUAGUCUUCACCACAUACGAGAACAUUAUCAAGGUAAUAGGUGGUCGUUCACCGUAGCUUUUUAGCUCUGUUUGCGAUAUGAUCAAGUAUUCGAAGUAACUUGGACUAG